AUGUUACAACUUAUUGAAAAAACUGAAAAAUAAGUCUCAGAGCUAGAAAUUUCUUUACUAAAAAAGGAUACCAUAAUUCAAUACUUUAACAGUUUGUUGAAUAACUUAAAUAUUUAUUAUGUACACCAGAUCUAGGAACUGCAAAAAUACUUUAAUGAAUAACUUUUAAGUUUUAAGACAAUUCUAAUGUUACAAUAUGAAAUAGAGUUUGUUUCUUUACCUAAAAAAUUAAAAGAAAUUAAAUAACAAUAUUUGUAAAAGCUAUCAUUUUAAUGUAUACACAACUAAAGAUUGAACAUUUUAAAGUUUAAAUUGCAAUUAAUUGCUUUCAAAUAAUUCUUUUAAAAUAUAAUAACAAUACCAUCAGAAGAAUUUUUAAAGUUGCAAGUUUUUAUCAAUCUGGAUGGGUUUCUAAUUGAUGUAGUUAAAAAUUAUUCAAACAGAAUAAUUUGCUGUGACAGCUCAUUUUAAGAAUAAACUAUUGCAGAAUUAAAUAAUUUAUAAAUUACUAAACAAGACUAUUAAAAUAAUUUAACAACAUAAAAAGGAAUUUUAGAUUAUCUUUUAUGUAAAAUAUUUCUGGAAGAAUAAAUGAUUGACUUGGAAAGAAUAGAUUUAGAAUUAAUUGAAAAGGAAUUUGGAGAAUUAUUAAUAGAAGAAACCGAUCCUUUAACUCUUACUGAAAGAAUAAUGAAAAUUAUAAAAGAUUUUCCAAUAGAGUUUUCAUUAAACAUUAUCAAUAAUGAAAAUCUUAAUCAAAAUUAAUUGAAUAUUGAGAGAGAAAAGUAUGAGGCGUUAUUGUAAUAAUUAGGAAAAAUUAAAUAAUAAGAAAAUUGUGAAGUGGUAGAAUAACUUUAAUUACUAAUCUGUUAAAUCGAAAAAGUUGUUAAAUUAUUGAAAGGUUCCGUAAAUCAAAACCUAGAAAUUUUUCAAAAGCCUAUCACUAAAAUAGUCAGUGAUUUAAAAGAGAUAUUUGAUAAAUUUAAAACAAAAUAUGAUGAUAAGAAUGAUAGACAUGAUAAGAAUACUAGAGAACUCAAUUCGUUUCAAAAUACAAUCGGGGCAAAUUUAUCUCUCAUUGUUAAUAUUCUCUUACUGUUAUUAAUAAAAAAAAGAUUAGAGAAGUAAAAGUUGGCAAAAUUCCUUGAAGAUAUCAAAAAUUUUACUAAAAGCCGUGAUGUUACACAAGAACAUUACUAAGAAAUGUAUACAAACUUUACAAAUUUUUUUGAAAAACUUAUAAAACUCAUUAAAUAAUAGCACUUGACAACUUCUAAUUUGGAAUAAUAGGAAAAAGAAUCAAUUAAUGAAUACUUUUCAAGAAUUUAAAUCAAUACAUUGUAGAGUGAAAAAUAAUCAGACAACAAUAAUAAUUAAUCAACCAAUAUCGCUGAUUUUCUCUAUAAAUUAAUGGCGCAAACAAAAGAAAAGUUAAAAAUGUCUAAGUGGAAAUUCUAGGAAAUUAAUUUUAAUCAGGAUUAACUUGUUAAAUUAACUAAAAAAAUCUACUUACAAGAAAACGAUGAGGAAUAUGAAGCGAAAUCAUAUCAAUAGGAUUAAUUCUCUAUUGAUUAAUAAAAAUAUGAUGAAUGGAAAAUUAAAUAGGUUUUAGUAUUAACUAUAAUUUAGAUUUCGCAGAAUAGCUUCACAGAAACAAUUACUCGAUUUUGUUAAAAAACUCUAAUUUAAUUAUGGGUUUUAGAAAAAGAUUAAAGAGUUAGAAAUUUAUUGAAAAAUUAACGCUUAAUAAGUUUAUAGCUGUAAAUUUUGUCAAAAGAUUGGUAGACUUAACAUGAUAGAAUUGCAGGAAAGAUGUAAAAAUGCUGAAGAGAAUUGAUGAAUUGUAAGAUUAAAUUACUCAGGAGGCAAAUCUUAACAAAAGAGAGCUAUAAUUGAAAGAAAUGGAUGAAACAACUCAGUAAUUGGAUGAAUACAUUUAAAAUAUCAGCGAAAUGGGUUAAUAACUCAGGUUAGUGAUUGAUUUUGUAAAUCAUAUCAGAAAUGGUUUGUUAAGAGUUGAGGGAAAAAUAAAUCAAAUAAAAGAGUAGCUCAACAAUAUGGGAAAUGAUCUUAAAUUUUUGAGAGGAAAAUCGGUUAUAUAAUUGCUUGAAAUCAGAAAAUGGAAAGUGUUGAAGGAAGCAGCAGAAAAAAAUGUUAAGUCCAUCUAUGUACCAUUAAAAACUUAAGAGAAAGGUAAAAAUGAGAUCAGUAAUUUGAUGAAUUUAGAUUAAUUUGAUGAUAAAGAUGGAGAAGUGAAUUAGUUUUUAUAUGAAGGGAAAAUAGUAUUGCUAAUUCAUGGAUUAGCUGGAUCGGGUAAAAGUACAACAGCCAAAAAAAUUGAAGAGUUUAUUUGAAAAUUAUAUGAUAGUAAUAAAAAAAUUGGGAAUUAUGUACUAAUACCUGUUUAUAUUUCAUUACCCUCUUUAAAAAACCCUGUUUUUUAAGCAGUAGAGGAAUCACUUUAAUAAGAUGAUUAUGGAUUUGAUGAUCUCUAAUUGAAAGAAUGUAAAGAAAUGUUGUAAAAAAAAGAAUUCCGAUUUAUAUUUAUAAUGGACAGUUAUGAUGAAAUGAAGCUAGAGAAUAUUUAGAAAAAUUUAUACUUUAAUAAUAAGCUCAAAUAAAAUUGGUCAGACCCUCUUGUUAUUUUUACCACUAGAAGUGACAUUUUUACGAGCAGCAAUUAUGCCGACUGGUUUGCGCCUGAUGAUAAAUAGAAUUUUAAGAAAUCUAGCUUCUUCAGUUUGAAUAGAGUUAAAAAUAAGAAUAUCAUAAGAAAUUUACGAUUUAAAGUAUUAAAAUGUUAAUUUUUGAUAUCCAUGAAUGGUAAGUAUAAACUUAAAACCAAAAGGCUCUGGAUUUUAAAAGGUUUGAACAGAGUUGUGAAAAAGUAUAGUCAUCAUUUUUGAAAUUCGAUGAAGCAAGAUGGAAAACUGAGACUCUUUUGAAUGAAAAAUAAAUAAUCAGUAUUAUUUAAUUUUUGAAGGAUGAUGAGUUAAUUGCUUUAAAAAGCAAUGAAGCUUGUAGAAGCUUGAGCAUAAAUUUACAAAAAUUAUAGAGUUUUAAAAAGUAUGAAGAUAUGAUGAAGUCGGUAAAUCUAAAUAAAUUAGUGGAAACUCCAUAUAUGAUGGAAAUUAUAGUGUAAGUGUUGCCCAACAUGAUUCUUAAAGCAACUGAGAUUAUUAACAUUAAAUAAACCUUCUUGAAGUAUUUUUCAAAGAUGUUGAAAGAAUUCUUCAUAAGUAAAUACAGAAUUCAAAUGUAUAAAUCACAACAGAAAAGGCAUUUGUUGGGGUAAAUAAAAUGAAGUUAAUAAAGAAUCUGAAGCAGAAAUUUAAGUUGAUUAUGAUGAAUCCUUGGAAGUUACCCAUAAAGAUUUAUAAAAUUUGGAAACUAUUGAUUACGAUUAAAUUGCUUUUGAAGCUUGGAAUAAUUUGGAAGAAAAUUCGAUCACUUAAUAAUUGUAAAAUUCUUAAGAAUUAGAAGGAGUGCAUAAAUAACUUUAAACAAUAUUUGAAACUAAACUGUUGCUACCAAAUUAGAUAUUAAAGAAAGGAGUAAUUUAAUAAGAAGUAAUAAUCUAAGUUGUUUAUGAUGCAUUAAAAGAAUACAAUCUUGCAAUUUAUGACUUUUAUUGUGAGUUUAUCAAUCAUCACCACUUGAAAUAAAUUGAAAAACAGAGAAACUUAGGAAAAUCUAUAGAUACUGAUCGUUUUCUGCAUGAUCUAUUAAAAUACUCAAUUAGAUUUGCAAAAACAAUGAGUAAGAAUGAAUUGACAUAAGUUUAAUAUAAGUAGCAAGGAUUUUUAUAUUAAAAUGAAAGAAAAGAAGAUCAAUCGCUAAAUGAAUUUUUUAAUUAUGAUGAUUAAAACGGAGCUUAUAAAAAAGAUAUUAGAAUCAAAAAGUUUUGA